GAUUUCGGAAAUUUGCAAUUGCAACGGUAGAACUCUCUUGCGAUUGAGAGAGUUUCUGGGGGAAGAAGAAGAAAGCAGAAGAUCUGGAGAUUUAAAGGAGAAUGGCGUUCGCGAAGGCACCAAGACUAAGUAGAGAUGAUGAUAUACUUGGAAAUCGAGUGGCCACUAGGAGUUUCAAAAUCUUCUCCGAUAAUCAGAAAACUGAUCCAGCCGGUACAGUAGGGAUUACACAGAAGACUCGUAUUCCUUUGAGGAGAAAGUCUAUUACAAUUAGCGGUGUAGCAGCUUCUAACGUAAACAAUAUGAAGAAGGGCAUUUCGAGAAUCAUAGGCAAGGGCAAAAGCAAUAAUGAAAAUUCUGAGGAAUAUACUAAAGUCAAAAGAAAAGCUUUGGCUGACUUAAGUAAUCUUGGUGGGAAUACUGGCAGCAGUAGCAUGAAAUGGAAGGGUGUCAAAUGUGGAAAUUUGCAAAGGAUGUCAGUUGGUUCAACCAGAGUUAAUGAUAUUUCAGUGAAAAGGUCUACCAAGGAGCCUGAGAGUAAAAGAACAACCGAACUUGGAAACAAUAACCCUAUUAAGACAGGUCAGAAAUUUAUCAAAAGCAAAACCCUGAGCCUUAGAUCAACGGCAGGUGGAACAAGAAAAUCCUUACCAACUUUAAAGAGAACAACCGAACUUGGAAACAAUAACCCUAUUAAGACAGGUCAGAAAUUCAUCAAAAGCAAAACCCUGAGCCUUGGAUCAACGGCUGGUGGAACAAGAAAAUCCUUACCAACUCUAAAGAGAACAAGCCUCGUAGAAGAGAAGAGCAUAAAAAAGUACAAUGUCUCAAGCUUGAAUUCGAAACAGUUGGGUCAGGGUCCAGCUAGUAAAGUCAGCAACAAAGGCGUCCCACAGCUGAGCAGUGUCCAUCUCGUAAGGAAAUCUAUCAAGAUCCAGAAAACAGUAAAGACGUCGCUACAAAACCGUAGUUCUCUUAAGAAGCCCCCAGUUGGUAGAAUUUCUUCAGUUCCUUCUUCUGAUGAAGUUGUCCCAACACUGUCACUUCCGAAAAAGGUUGAAACAGAAUGUGUCAAAGAAGAUACUCAGGGACAGAGUUCUUCUAGUGAAAACAAAGACCCAACAACAAAAGUGUUGGAUGUUACAGCAAAGCCAAAAUCAAAACGUAGAAAGUCUUUCACAUCUCUACUAGUGACAGGAUCAAAGUUUGAUGAGAAAAAUGGUGAUACUGCACUGCCAGAAAAGCUUCCCAACAUUGAUGAUGAAUCCAAUCAGCUGGAAGUUGCGGAAUACGUGGAUGACAUAUAUCAGUUCUAUUGGAUUGCAGAGGCAUUAAGUCCAGCUUUGGGAUACUACUUGUCAGCUCAUACAGAAGUUAGUCCAGUUACACGUGGAAUUUUGAUCAACUGGCUUAUCGAAGUUCAUUUCAAAUUUGAUCUAAUGCAUGAGACACUCUACCUCACAAUGAACUUAUUAGACCGUUACCUUUCCCAAGUUCCUAUACGGAAGAACGAGAUGCAAUUGAUUGGUCUUACUGCACUCUUAUUGGCGUCUAAAUACGAGGACUAUUGGCAUCCCAGGAUCAAAGACUUGAUUAGCAUCUCAGCAGAAUCAUACACCAGACAACAAAUCUUGGGAAUGGAGAGGAUUAUGCUUAAAGAGUUAAAGUUCCGUUUGAAUGCACCCACCCCCUACGUUUUCAUGUUGAGGUUCCUAAAAGCUGCUCAAUCAAAUAAGAAGCUUGAACAACUUGCCUUCUACCUUAUUGAGCUGUGCUUGGUUGAAUACGAAGCUUUGAAGUAUAAGCCGUCAUUGCUAUGUGCAUCAGCCAUUUAUGUUGCCCGAUGCACAUUGCAUAUGACUCCAGUUUGGACCCCGCUCCUAAACAAGCAUACCCACUACAAUGUCUCUCAGAUGAAGGAUUCUUCUGACAUGAUCUUGAGGUUUCACAAAGCUGCUAAAACAGGAAAACUGAGGGUCACUUAUGAGAAGUACAUGAAUCCAGGUCACAGUAACGUUGCAGUCUUGAAACCCUUGGAUAAGCUCCCUCUUUAAGUAGAAUUCUACAAAAGUCACGGCAUGCCUCACCAGUCUAAAGGGAGAUACAACGUCUACAUGGACUCUAGCCGAAUAUUAAGAAAACUCAGGCUAAUGGUGAUUCUUAAAUAGGUGUCUUGAUUAGGUG